GCGCAGUUAAAGGACCCUGGCAGGCGAGGUGGCUGGACCUUGCCUGAGCUGUUUCUGACUUUAGGAAGUUUUUUCGAUGGGGAAAAUGGCGAAGGUGUUCAGUUUCAUCCUUGCCGCCAUUGCUCUGGGGAUGUGCAAGGAAAGCUGGGCUCUGGAGAACUGUCUCCCGGAACAGGCGCGUCUCCGAGCCCAGGUGCGCCUGCUUGAGACCCGGGUCAAGCAGCAACAGGUCAAGAUCGAGCAGCUUUUGCAUGAGAAGGAAAUCCAGUUACUGGAUAAAGGAGAGGACAGCAGUUUCGUUGACCUUGGAGGGAAGAGGCAGUAUGCAGAUUGUUCAGAGAUUUUCAAUGACGGGCACAAGAGCAGUGGAUUUUACAAAAUCAAACCUCUCCAGAGCCCGGCAGAGUUCCCUGUCUAUUGUGACAUGUCUGACGGAGGAGGAUGGACUGUAAUUCAGAGACGAUCUGACGGCAGUGAGAAUUUUAACAGAGGCUGGGAUGACUAUGAAAAUGGCUUUGGAAAUUUUGUCCAAAAAAAUGGUGAAUAUUGGCUGGGUAAUAAAAAUCUUCACUUAUUAACCACACAAGGAGACUACACUUUAAAAAUCGACCUUGCAGAUUUUGAAAAAAAUAGCCGUUAUGCCCAAUACAAAAUUUUCAAAGUCAGAGAUGAAAAGAAUUCCUAUGAGUUGAAUGUGGGAGAAUAUUCUGGAACAGCUGGAGACUCACUUGCAGUGAAAUUUGACCCUGAGGUGCAAUGGUGGGGUAGUCAUCAAAGAAUGAAAUUCAGCACGUGGGACAGAGAUAAUGACAACUACCAUGGGAACUGUGCAGAAGAAGAUCAGUCUGGCUGGUGGUUUAACAGGUGUCACUCUGCAAACCUGAAUGGGUUGUACUACCAGGGUCCCUACAACGCCAACACUGACAAUGGGAUUGUCUGGCACACCUGGCAUGGGUGGUGGUAUUCUUUGAAAUCCGUGGUUAUGAGAAUUAGGCCAAAUGAUUUUGUUUCCAAUGUUGUUUAAUUGUUCCCCUUGGGCUUUUAUCUCUGCAAAUCAUCUUGGUUUAAAGUGAUUUGAAAAGUAGCCAUUCUGAACAUGUACAUGGAUGAUGAUUGUAAUUGUUAUGUGUAUUACUUUUCAUUCUUACUUGCCUUUGUUACUUAAUGUACAGAAAUUGUGUGAUAUACACCAAAUAAAGGCAGGGCAUGUUAAUAUUUA